AUGAAAGCACUCCCGCAAGAACUGAUUUACGAAAUCGUCGACCAUCUUUAUCGAGUCAUCGUCGCCACUGAGGAGCGGGACCCAGGCUGUCUGGCCAAGUAUGCUCCCGUCUCGCGCGGAUUCCAGGACGCCAUCGAGAGACACACCUUCAAAAGCAUUGAGCUCAAGAGCGAUGAGCUCGACAUCUUUCGGCAAUAUUUCUCGAACUCGCGCCGCCAGGCCCUGCUGAACUCCAUCAACUAUAUGGUCCGCUUACCCGGUUACGAGGACUCUCGGCGCUUGUGCUAUGAGAACCACAUGGACCGUCAGAACAACGACCAGGCGGCGACAGGAGCGAUGGAUUCGCUUUUGAUGCUACUCUCACAGUGA